GGGCAGAGCCAGGCUUGGGGACCGCGUGUUCCAGUGUUUACACGCGGCUCCUGAGGUUUGUGAAACACUAGAACGCCCAGCUGCCUACUCCUCUGCUCCCUGCCCCCUGUACUAGCCCUGGGGGGGUCCCAGCCCAGGCGAACAGGACCGGGCGGUGGAAAGACCCCAGCAGAGCAAGGCCACAGCCUACCUGGCAGCCCACCUGGGCAACCCACCUGGCCCAUCCCUGGAUACAGCAUCACCAGUGGUUUCACUGUCUUCCUUUUAGGGGUGAGUACCAGGCCUUGGAGAAUGGCAAGGCUGACCGGCACUCACGAGGACCCCUCAUGAGCCCACGGUGGGGAGGAGGAGAGAGACACAGGUGGGACCCUUGUCCUCCCCUCCUGGCCUGCACCACAGUCCAACCAAGUGACAGUAACGACUGGCCAAGUAUCGGCCAGACAGCAUCACAGUUUCUGUGUGCCACCUGGUGGCAAUAAAGGAGAAAGACAAGAGCAAGCGACAGUAAGGAGAAGGGAAAGGAAAUUCGCAGAGCAGCCUUUGCCGUUGCCCCACUGGGUGAGUCUGUACCCAGCUCUGCCUGAGGGGCCACCCCUAUCUCCCCCAUCCUGCCCCAGUGCCCUUGCCCUGCUCUGCCACUUCCUUCUGCAGCCUUCUACUCCUCCCCCUGUGAGCAGGAUUUCCCUUCCAGGGUGAUGGGCUGGGCCUGACUCACUUCCCGGCCUGCAGACUCUGGGAAGGACUGUCCCGGGCUCAGGCUGCAGGCCCCGCGCUCCAUGCCCCACCAUCCAGGCCUUCCCAGAUGGGGAAACUGAGGCCGAAGAAAGGCAAAUGAUGUGCCCAAGAGCACACACCCCAGGACCCAUUGUGGGAGAAGAGACUGACUCCCCUGGGAGAAGACAGCAGAAUUACAACGGGCGUCCUGCUCCCCACACACCCAGCCUUCUGGCCCCGUCCCAGCUCUGGGCCUCGCCUUCCUUCUGCCUCCCUGUCCUCAAAGAACACACAUUUUCCACUCGGCGGGGCCCAGGAGAGGAUGACUGUGUGUCUCAAGGCGGGUGACUGCUCUGACAAGACUCCCCGCGGGACAGAGGGAUGACGUUCCGUCAGCCCAGCGUCCACGUGGCAGGUGCACCAACCGAGCCGCGCCCAUCAAGUCAGGGCCAAGAACAUGAGCCCUGUGGGCACCCAGACCUGAAUUCAAAUUCUAGUUUCACCACUUACAGCUUUGUGACAUUGGAUGAAAGUCUUACCCUCUCUGACUCGUAUAAAAUGGAGUUGACAGCCUCCUAGGGUUAUUGUGGAGACUGAAUGGGACAAGGAUGUCAGGCACAUGGCACAGUGCCUGGCACUCAGGAGCUGCUCCCUAAGCGGGGGCCACACCCUCGUCUUCCCACACUGGCCUACCAGAAAGAGCUGGGGGUCCCAUGCUACCAGUGGACUUGCUGUGUGACCCUGGAGAUGCCACGUUCCUUCUCUAGGCUCUGCUCCUUCCUUUGCAUAAGGAGAGAAUCGAGGCUGAACGUGGAGGCUCCUGCCUUGGCCGACCUCCCAGAGCCACAAGGAAUCCCAUCCUUUUCGAAUGCUCAUGGCAGAAGAAGGGGCUGUCCUCAAGGUCACCAGGGACCUGAAAGCCGCCGUUUCUGCCAUCCUCCAGGGCCACGGGGCUGGGCAGCAGCCGGUCACAGAUGCCAGCGCUGAGCUGCACAGACUCUGUGGCUGCCUGGAGCACCUGCUGCAGUUUGACCAGAAAGAGCAGAGGAGCUUCCUGAGGCCUCGGAAGGGCUACUGGGACUUUCUCUGCACGGCCCUGUCGCAACAGCGUGGGGACACGGAGCCAGCCAGCUUUGUCCACUCCCAGGACAAGUUGAAGACCCCACUGGGAAAAGGCCGGGCCUUCAUCCGCUUCUGCCUGGCCCACGGACAGCUGGCCGAGACCCUGCAGCUGUGCCUCCUGAACCCGGAGCUCACCAGGGAGUGGUAUGGCCCCCGGAGCCCUCUGGUGUGCCCUGAACUGCGGGAGGACAUUCUGGACUCUCUCUACGCUCUCAAUGGGGUAGCCUUUGACUUGGACCUGCAGCGGCCAGACCUGGAUGGGGCCUGGCCCAUGUUCUCAGAGUCCUGCUGCUCCAAUUCCAGCCGGGCCCAGGGACGAAGACCCAGAAAGACCAGAGAUUCCCCCAAGGAGAUAGCCACAUGUGAAGGCCCCACAGGAGUUCAGCCAGAGGAGCCACACGCCAGCCAAGCCAGCUGUGUGCGAGAUGCACCCAGGGGAGACCCGUUGGCUAGACUCUCCAGGUCACAGCAACACAAACAUUGUACCCCCUUUUUGGAAAAGAAGAGAGAAGAACCCGGGAGCCUUGGGCCCCCCCAAAGCAUGCGGGAACCAGAGGUGGAGGAGCUUCUGCAAGACCAGGACAAGAGAGCCCCAAGGAUGAGGAUCUGCCUGGAGAACUCAACCCCCAGCAUCCAGGGACAGGGGGAGGGGGUCCAGGGGGCUCUGAAGGAAGUGACCGGGGCAGAGAAUGAGGGCAGAGGGGUUCUGCUGGGUGCAGAGGGUCAGAGAACAAUAGAGGGGACUCCUGAAGGGGGAGCAGCGUGGGGUCAUGUCCAGAGGCUGCUGGGCUCCAGCCCCAGAGGGACGAUAGAGGACGCAAUGUCUGCGAGCGGGCAGGAGGGGGAAGUGGCUAGCAUUUUGGGGAAGCCCCAGGUCUUUCAGAGCCUGGAAGCAAAGGAAGGCUCCACCACAGAGAAGCCACAAGAGCAAAUAGGCGUGACCAGUGUGACCAGGAGGGAGGAACAAGCAGAGGCAGCCUUGCAGGACGUGGUCGAGAGCCUCAGACGUGGGCUCCAGAAGACCAAAGAGGAGGCCCGGCACCAGGAGCAGCUGCUAAAGGAGCAGGAGGGCGAGCUGGAGGCACUGCGGGAGAAGCUCGGCAGGUGUCAGGAGGAGAGAGCCCGGCUGCGGGCCGAGCUGGAGCAGAAGCAGCAGGAGGCCGACAGGAGGGACGCCGCGCAUGAGGAGGAGCUCGGUGGGCAGCGGGACCUGGUCCGUGCCCUGAAGAGGAGGGUGCUGGAACUGACUCAAGAGAAAGACAACCUUUGGCAGAAGGUCCAGCAUCUCUCUUCCCUGGCCCCUGGAUGCUGUGUCAGCUGUAGCAAGAUCUUUGGCCGGCUGUCUCGGCGGUACCCCUGCAGGCUCUGCGGAGGCCGCAUCUGCCAUGCCUGCUCUGUGGACUACAGGAAGAGGGGGCACCGCUGCCCACCGUGCUUCCAGAAAGGGGAAGCCCAGGCUGUCUGACCAGGACCCACCACCCCACACCGCCCACUCUGCUCCCUCCACUCGGCCCUCCCUGCUCUCUGAUCUGAGCAGUCCUACUUUCUGGAAGCUGAUGAUGUAAGGCACGUGUGUGGAUGGACCGUGGCGUGGAGAUGGAAGGUGCAGGCUGGGGGUCCAAGCCCUGCAUCUACCUCCAAAGAACGGGGCGACUCCGGCAAAGCCCUCGGCUGCCCCGGCUUUUCCUGUAAGGCGAGGGAGUUGGGCGCCAUCCUCUCUAAAGUCCCUUCAGGCUGAGUCCUGGACCAAGAAUAAGACCCAGGGGUCCCGAUGUUUCUCCUCCAUGUUCCCUCCUCACCCAGCCCGGCCCUCACGACCCUCAGGGGCCUCCUGCCGGGAGUCCGCUGGGGGGGGGGGGUCUGCUUUUGUUGUGUUCCAUUUUUAACAGCUUUCUAGAGGGACUGUCGCCAUACAGUACACUUCACAGAAAUUGUCCAAUUUGAUGAGUUUUGACUUUAACAUACACGUAUGAAACCAUCACCAUGUUCAAAAUAAUGAACACAUCCGGCACCCCCCGACCUCUCCUGUGCCUUUUGUAGUCUCCCCCUCCCCUCCCCGUCCCCAUCCCCAGGCAACCACCUCUCUGCUUGCCGUCGCUAGAGACUAGCUGGCAUUUUCUAGAACUUUAUGUAAGUGGGUCCAUACAGUCUGCACUGGCCAUUGUCUGCCUGCUUUCAUUGCAGCAUAAUCAUUCUGAGAUUCGGCCAUGUCGUUGUGUAUGUCAAGUUGCUUUUUACUGUUGGGUACUGUUCCUCUGCAUGGAUAAACCACAAGUGGCUUACACACUCA